UCGGCUUUCCACCCGCCCUGCUCCUUCGCCCCCCUGCGGCCCCUCCCCCAGCCGCCGUGGUCGGGUAGCGCCUGGCUGGCGGCCCGCGGGCGGGCCGUCCACCCCUCGUGGCCCCCCCCCUCUUAAAGCAGCGGCGGGAAGAUAGAGGUUUCGGGAGCCGCUCUUGGGCGGCAGCGCCGCGAUGCCCCGGCGCGACCUACAGCGGCCUGCCGCCUGCUCGUGGCCGUCUGCGCGCUGCACCUCGGCGUCACCCUCGUCUACUACCUGGCUGGCCGCGACCUGAACCGCCUGCUCGUCGGAGUCCCCACGCCACUGCAGGGCAGCUCAAACGGCGCCACCGCCAGCGGGCAGUCCUCCGGGGAGCUCCGGUCCCCGGGCGCUCGGCCGCCGCCUCCUAUAGGCGUCUCCUCUGAGCCUCGCCCGGGUCGCGACUCCAACCCUGGUGCGGAUUCUGGCCCCGGCCCCGAGAGCAACUUGACUUCGGUCUCAGUGUCCCCCACCACAGCACUGUCGUUGCCCGCUUGCCCUGAGGAGUCCCGCUGCUCGUUGGCCCCAUGCUGAUUGAGUUUAAUAUUCCUGUGGAUCUGGAGCUUUUGGCAAAACAGAACCCAGAGGUGAAGAUGGGUGGCCGUUACUCCCCCAAGGACUGCAUCUCUCCUCAUAAGGUGGCCAUCAUUAUUCCAUUCCGCAAUCGGCAGGAGCACCUCAAGUAUUGGCUGUAUUACUUGCAUCCAAUCCUGCAGCGCCAGCAGUUGGACUAUGGCAUCUAUGUUAUCAACCAGGCCGGAGACACUAUGUUCAAUCGUGCCAAGCUCCUCAAUAUUGGCUUUCAAGAGGCCUUGAAGGACUAUGACUACAACUGUUUUGUGUUUAGCGAUGUGGACCUCAUUCCAAUGGAUGACCAUAAUGCCUACAGGUGUUUUUCACAGCCCCGGCACAUUUCUGUUGCGAUGGACAAGUUUGGAUUUAGCCUACCUUACGUUCAGUAUUUUGGAGGCGUUUCUGCUCUAAGUAAACAACAGUUUCUUGCCAUCAAUGGAUUUCCUAAUAAUUAUUGGGGUUGGGGAGGAGAAGAUGAUGACAUAUUUAACAGAUUAGUUUUUAAAGGCAUGUCUAUAUCUCGCCCAAAUGCUUUGGUCGGGAAGUGUCGCAUGAUCCGCCACUCAAGAGACAAGAAAAAUGAACCCAAUCCUCAGAGGUUCGACCGAAUUGCACACACAAAAGAAACUAUGCGCUUUGAUGGUUUGAACUCACUCACCUACCAGGUGUUGGACAUAAAGAGAUACCCAUUGUAUACCAAAAUCACAGUGGACAUCGGGAUGCCAAGCUAGCGCUUUGGUACAAAUAAGAGACCUGAAAAUGGCUAGGGACCUUUGCUGUGUGUCUCUGCCAGUCUGCUGGGCUGGUCCCUCUCAUUUGUACAAUCUGAGUGAUAGGUUCCCUCACUCAUCAAUCAGAUGCCUUUCCAGAUGACCAGGAUCAGUGGAAUAUUUUGCUCCCAACUUGGCUCGGCAUGUGGCUUAGUUCUACAUGGUGUUUGUCAGUGUAAAAAUGGUGAGCCUUUGGGGGCUUCUUGACAAGUUCACAGGUGUCACCCCAAAUAGAACUGACAGCGCAAACCUGGGUGACUGUGGGGCUCAUUCACACUGUUAAAACUACUAAAUUGUAAAAUGGGUAAGAACUUUGCCUUAAAUUGUGGUGUUCUUAUUACUUCAUGAAAAAUUGGAUACUGCUGCUGAAUUUGGAUGGGUAUGAUAUCUUUUGGUUGUCAUAUUUUAGACAGAAAAACACAAAGUUUCAACUAGUCUCAUGUUCCAUGCCUCCCCCACCUUCUCUCAGUGGUAUGCAACUAUUACAAUCACUGUGUGUGUGUCUUUUAGCAAAAGAAUUUUAAAACUUGAGCCUUUUGUCCUGCUUAUGUAUGAAUUCCAAGGCAUUUUUAGCCAUCAGAGCAAAAGCCUUGGAUCGUCUCACUUACAAUGGCCUAUCUCCAGAUUGUCUGAUUUCUGAAUGUAAAGAUUUUUUUUUUUAAAAGAAGCAGUUUGUAGUAUUUUAAAGAAAGAACAAAUUGAGUUCUAAUUAUGGUAUAGUUUGAUUUGUGCUGAUCCAAAUUUGCAUUACUGUUUAGUGUUAAGUCAUGACAAUUUAUUUUUCUGGGCAUGCUAUGUAAACUUGAAUUUCCUAUGUAUUUUUAUUGUGGUAUUUUAAAUGUGGGAGGGGAUUGAGCAGUUUUUUUAGUGGAAAAAAAUAAUGUAUGCUGUAGUGGCCACAAUGGGCCUCAGAUUUAGCUGGCAGGCCAGGUUUUAUGAGGAGCAAAAUCACCGUCAGGUCCCUUGGCGAGGGCAAGCCCUCCCAGUCAGCAUUAUCCUGCCAGACCUCAGAGACCUGGGAGACAGUCUCUGUCUAUCUGGCAGAACUCCCCACCUCUCCACCCUCCCCAGGUGGGCAGGAUGGAAGGAACCUCAACCUCCUUGAACUGACCCCUCAGGGCUCUAGGUUGUGGGGUUGUUUACCAUCCCUUGGUACCUUCUCAGUUGGGGGAACCCCUGUUCUGGCGGGGACUGCCUCCCAAGAGCCUCUGCCACACUCCCCAGGCCUAUCCUACAUUACUGGUUCUUCCCCUUCUCCCCUUCCUCUCCUGCUCUGCCUGUUUCUUUUCCUUCCUCUGCCUCUUACCUGUUCCCUAAAACUUGCCUUUGGCACUCAGGGUCAAACAGACUGUUCAUUCUCCAGCAUGAAUAUGCCUUUUAGUUAUUGAUCUAAAGAGUUAACUGAACCAACACCCUGAAUCCUCCUGAGAACUCUGGUGCCUAAAGCCUCCCCUCCCACUCAGGGUUUUAGCAGGUGCUCUACCUGGUGAGGCUAACCCCUAACCCCCAGGGGCUUCAUUCACAAACUCACCUCUGCUGAAGAAUGGGUAGCUAGCUGCCUGGGGUAAGACAGCAGGAGGCACUUCUACCACAGAGGCCUUUGCCAAGUUCAUCCUGGACUGAGGUCCUAAGAUUCAGCUCCCUAAUCCCAGAGUUGAGCCCUUUGCUUUUGGCAACCAGGACCCUAACCACUGCCUCAUGGGCAACAUCCCUGAGUGUGGAGGCUGAACUGUUGCCUGGCCUUAAUCCUACCUGUGCCUUUAUCACUUUGAGCAUCUCAGAUGCUAACUUGGUUCUUUUUCCAGAAGCCUUUGUAUUGAUUAAAAAUUAUCUUUCUCUGCAGAAGCAAUGGGCUUAUGCUAAGAGUAUUCCUCUGUCAGUUUCUAUGGCUUAACAAUGUUACUAAAACUGAGACCAACUGCACUGAGAACAAGUUUGGGGAAAUACAAAAGACUUUCUUUCUGUCCCCGGAUCUUGACUUUUCCAAAGUGCCUUAAAGAAAGGAGACAGAUGCCUGUGUGGUAACUUUUGUUACCUCCUUUACUCUUAAAAUCCUGUCUUUUCUUCUUUCUUUUCUCCAGUUACUUUUUUUUUUCAUGUCAAAUAUGUUCAUUUUGAAAACCAAGGGAAAUUCCGCUGUGCCUGUACACCCCACUUGCUGACCUUCCAGUGCUCUCACAGGCUCUGCAGGCCCAGGGUAUUGUUAGGCCUGGAAGUUUGCCUGGCUUGUGAGAUGUUUUGGUCAGUUCCCUCACUGGGGAUUCCAGAGCUGAGGGUGCAGGGAGCCAUUUCCUUCACCUGGGAGUUGUUGUCAUGUACCAAGCUGUUGUUAUAUAUUGUGCCUUCCUCUGUCUUUCUAAUACUAUUGCUGGUGACCUGUGUGAUGUGGCCUUUGGGAAAGAUCAGAAGCAGAGAUGGCACAGGAAGGUAAAGGAAAUGCUGUCCUAGCCUUCAGACUAGUCAGAGUCUGUAUUGACCAACCACUGGGCUGGGUGUGGGGUGCCCCCAUGCAGCCAGGAUGACAAGCUUUCCUAUUCUAGAGACCUAUCGUGCUAUGUGUUUUGAUAUCCCAUGUAUGCAAAUGUGUGUAUUUACCAUGGGGGGAUUUGGCAUGUGACCUUGGUGUUAAGAACAGACAACUGUAUUUUUGCCUUUGCAAUCCAGUGAUAUAACAUGAAUAAAUGACCCUAUCUUUGUAACUGUGGGUGAUUUCUCUACGACUGAAGGGGUUUGGGCCCUUUGCGGGGCUGCCUGCCUGGAAGAUCUGAGAAAGGCAGAGAUUUGCCAGCAGGCCCUCUACUGCUGGAGCAGCUCCCACAGCCCUUUGUUAUACUUUAUUUUUGAGACCAAGGUCUCCCUAACUUUGCUUGGGUUGGCCUCGAACUUGUGAUUCUCCUGCCUCUGCCUCUCUACUGGCUGGGAUUACUAGAGUGUACCACCAUACCUAGCCUUACGUAGAGACUUUUUUAAGGUUUAAAAGAAAAGCUGUAUCUAAGCCAAUGACUGAUAUCUCACAGGCAGUCACUACGUAGUACCUACCA